ACCAAGCCAUGCAACUAAGUUUUCAUUCAUCACACUUCUCUAUAGCCAAAAAAUGGCCACUUAUGCAACCGCUUUGUUGCUCUUACUUUCUUUGGUAACUACAACCACCACCUUUUGCCUCCAAGAAAUGGAGGUACUCCAAAUGGCCCAAACACAAGUUUCAGAAGCCAUGAGUUGGGUUGAUAACUCCAUGAGAUUGCAUGGCUUAGAAAGCAUGAGCAUCUCAUCAAAUAUAUCAAGUGUUUUGGCUCUAAGAGAUUGUGCUAAACUCUAUGAAGAGAGUGAGUUUAGGCUCUCUCACAUGGUGUCUAAAAAUAGUAGUUACACUAAUGAUGAUGCUCUUACAUGGGUAAGUGCGGUGAUGACAAAUCAUAGGACUUGUUUGGAUGGAUUGAAGGAAAAGGGGUAUUUCCAGGGUCACCAAUUUUUUUUGGGUAGAAACAUGUCAAGGUUGCUUGGCCAAGCACUUGUUUUGUAUUCGAAAAACAAAGUCAAAGGUAAAGCACCACCUCAGAGAAUUACAACUUCAGAAGAAAAUGAUGGUCUAUUAGAAUCAUGGGAUCUAGCAAACAAUAAUGCACACUUCACAGUGGCACAUGAUGGAUCAGGAACCUACAGAACAAUCAAAGAAGCAGUGGAUGCACUUUCUUCAAUGGGUCACAACCGUCCUGGAAGAGCAAUUAUAUAUGUAAAAGCAGGAGUGUACAAUGAGAAAGUGGAGAUUGGAAACAAAUUGCACAAUGUGAUGUUUGUUGGAGAUGGCAUUGACAAAACUAUUGUCACUGGAAACAGAAAUGUUCCUCAUGGUUAUACCACUUUAAACUCUGCCACAUUUGAUGUAUCAGGGGACGGAUUUUGGGCAAGAGAUAUGACAUUUGAGAACACAGCAGGCCCCGAAAAUCACCAAGCAGUAGCACUCAAAGUAAGUUCAGACUUGUCAGUAUUCUACAGAUGCAGCUUCAAAGCCUACCAAGACACACUUUAUGUCCAUUCAAAUCGCCAAUUCUAUCGCGACUGUCACAUAUACGGAACAAUCGAUUUCAUAUUCGGCGACGCAACAGUCGUUUUACAAAACUGUGACAUCUUUGUUAGGAAACCAAUGAGCCAACAAACUAAUUUCAUAACAGCACAAGGAAGAGAUGAUCCUAACAAACCAACUGGAAUUUCAAUCCAAAGUUGUAGGGUUAGGCCUUCAUCUGAAUUUUCGAUGUUUAAGGAUUCUAUUAAGACUUUUUUAGGAAGGCCUUGGAGGAAAUAUUCAAGGACAGUGUAUCUUAAAUCUGAUUUGGAUGGAUUGAUUCAUCCUAAAGGGUGGGGUGAAUGGGAAGGAAAUUUUGCAUUAUCAACUUUGUAUUAUGGUGAGUAUAUGAACACAGGAAAUGGUGCAUCUACACAAAAUAGGGUUAAUUGGCCUGGUUUUCAUGUGCUAAGUAGUGCUAAUGAAGCUUCACAUUUUACUGUGAGUCAAUUUUUGCAAGGGGAACAUUGGAUUCAAGCUUCAGGGGUGCCAUUUUGGUCUGGAAUUUAAAUGGGGAAUUACUUUAUAUUUUAUGAAAUUAAAAAAAUAUCCAUAAUAUAUGUACUAAUAAUGUUGUGUAAAAUAGUAUGUUAUCUUAACUGUGCUCCUUAGCAGCUGUCACAGUGUGUUAUCCAAAAGCUUAAAUUUUGUUUUUUCUGACUCAAUUCAAGAAGCUUAAUCUUAAUAUGCAAUUAAAAGCUGUAAUAUUCAUAUA